UUAUAAUAUAAUAUUAUUACAUUAUAACAUCUAAAACACUCUACAAUAAGGAAUUCUUGGAGUCGGAACUAUUCGUCUUCCGUGUUGUUUCCUUACGGACGCUAUUCGCGAUCGCGCCACGUGUGUUUUGGUGACAGGUCUUGUUACAGAAGUCAGACUUGUACUGACAGUAGUACAGUAUAUUUGUUAACUCGGACAGGUCGGUGUCGUUUACGGCAGUAUGUCCGCUGAUAGUAACGUGUCCGCGGCUGCGGAGGUUGUUCUGGGUUUCCUGGAGGAGGCCGAGCGCUGGCGGCUUCUCUCGCCGCAGUUCCCCAGUAAAGUUGGUGGGAAGCCGGCGUGGCUCAGCCAGAGAGGCCUGCCUUCGGCGGAGGAGCUGGAGUGUGAGACCUGUCACCUUCCCAUGGUUUUUCUGCUGCAGGUGUACGCACCCAUCUCUGGUCAGGACAGGAGUUUCCACAGAUCUCUGUUUCUCUUCUGCUGCCGGACUCCUGAGUGCUACACACACAACAGCAACCACUGUAUGAAAGUUUUUAGAAGUCAACUUCCCAGGAAGAAUGAGUUCUACUCCUAUGACCCUCCGCCAGAGGAGGACCUUCCCAGCCACCCUGAGUCUGACCAGGGUGUGUUGCCUGUUUCUGGGAUUAAACUCUGUUGGGUGUGUGGUUCCCCCGGGAGCAAAGCCUGUUCUCGGUGCCACGCAGUGACUUACUGUGGAAAACACCACCAGACAAUCCACUGGAAACACACUCACAAGACCCAGUGUGGCAGUCGAGAGGCCUCUGAAAAUACAACUUCUUCCUUCCUUUUCCCUGAAUCUGAGUUGAUCACUGAGCCUGAAGAAGAUGAGGAGGCAAGAAAAGAGGACGGGGAGGAAAGAGACACUGAAGAAGGGAGUGAUCAGAGGGAUGUGGAUUGCCCGUCGUUGGCAGACGCUCUGCCAGAGAAAGACCUGGAGGAGAUGGCGUUGGGUGAGACAGAAGACAUGAAAAUGUUUCAGAGGUUUAAAAAGAGGAUUUCAUCAGAACCACACCAGGUGCUGCGGUACAGUCGGGGCGGUUGCCCUCUCUGGGUUUCAUCUCAGCACAUCCCAUCGGAGCAAGAUAUCCCAACAUGCACCUGUGGUGCCAAAAGGACUUUUGAAUUUCAGGUGAUGCCCCAGCUGUUAAACAGUCUCUCCGUGGACUCCACAGGACUGAGCAUCGACUGGGGCACUCUGGUGGUCUACAGCUGUUCUGUCAGCUGUGAUACCCAGGUCCAGUACUGCCCAGAGUUCAUCUGGAAGCAGGACUUUAAUGUGGAUCAACACACAGAGAUAAAACCGACUGUUUGACCGUAACAACACCGAGUUAAUGUUGCUACGACUGUGAUCGCUCUAUAACAUAGACCUCCACCUUCAUGGUUUGUCUGAGAGUUUGUUUCAUUUCACUGAGGUGAAAACUGAACUUAUAAACAAUGGACUCUGAAGAAGACUUUUUUGGUUGACGUACCAGCCGAAAACUGUUUUGUCAUUUAACCAGGAUGAACGUCCAUCGUAACCUCAACACAUGCACAGUGAAGCUCAUGUUAAACAGUCAUUUUAAACAAGAACCAGUGAGUCUCCUGAAUGUUACAAUGUAACUAUAAUGUCCAUUUAUUUUGUUUUAUUAUUAGUGCUUAAAAGAAGUAUUACAUAUAUAUGUAUAUGUAUGUAUACAUAUGUGUAUAUGUGUACAUUUAUGUAUAUAUGUAUACAUAUAUGUACAUGUGUAUACAUACAGUAUAUAUGUACAUAUAUAUACAGUAUAUUUACACAUAUAUGUACUGUAUAUAUAUAUAUAUAUGACAUGUCUUAUUCCUCAUCAUUUUUCCAGCGUCUUCCUUCCUUUUUUCCCAGCCAUCUUAUACCAAAAGCUUCAAAGCCGUUGUCUUCCGGUUCUAAGAACUACAGUCUUUACACAGUGGCAUAAAGUCAACAUUGAAUAAAACAUACCUUGAAUUUACAUAAAA